UGUACCGAUUGAUAUUUUCCAGUUCCCCCCAAAAACGGCAGCUCUCUCGCUUUCGGUCUCACCUCUCUCUCUCUCUCAGUGACUCAAUCUCUCUCUGGAUCUGGCUAUGGGAGUGUAGAUUCAUGACUCGAUCUCUCUCCUUCACUCUCUCUGUCGACAGUGGUUCUUCUCCUCCCUCUCUCUUCGUCGACAGUGGUUGAGGCUAAGAGAGCGAUGUCAAGAGAUGAACACCAGACUGCCUCUAGAGCUGGAAAUGGUAACUCUGCUAGAAAUUUUGGAGGUGGUGGAAAUAGGACCAAGAAAAUAUUUGUUGGGGGCUUGCCAGCUACUUUGACUGAGGAAGGAUUUCGACAAUAUUUUGAAUCUUAUGGUAAUGUUACAGAUGUUGUGGUCAUGUAUGACCAGGCCACCCAGCGGCCUCGUGGAUUUGGGUUUGUUUCUUUUGAUAGCGAAGAAGCAGUCGAUAGGGUUUUGCACAAGACAUUCCACGACUUGAAUGGUAAACAGGUGGAAGUAAAGCGUGCUCUUCCCAAAGACGAGAACCCUGGCGGUGGUGGCCGUUCCACGGCUGGUGGUGGUGCAGGUGGUGGCGGAGGUUAUCUGGCUGGUUAUGGUGCUUCUGGCAGAAAUUCAGGAUCUUUUGAUGGCCGAAUGGAUUCAAACAGAUACAUGCAGUCUCAAAAUGCUGGAGUUGGUUUUCCGGCUUAUGGUUCUUCUGGAUAUAGUGCUUCUGGUUAUGGGUAUGGUCCCGCCAAUAACAGCAUGGGUUAUGGUGGUUAUGGCGGUUAUGGUGCUGCCAAUCCGGGGUAUGGAGGCGCAGCUGCUACAGCUUACGGAAACCCUAAUGCACCUAGUCCUGGUUAUGGAACAGGUCCACCGGGUCCUGCACGAAAUUCUUGGAGCUCCCAGGCUUCCUCAGGGUAUGGUGCUGCUGGUUAUGUGAAUGCCUCCGCUUGGGGUGGUAGUGCAACCGGUGGGCCCGGUUCUGCACCCACGGGUCAAUCUCCAGGUGGGGCUUCUGGGUAUGGAAACCAAGGUUAUGGGUAUGGUGGAUCGGACGGGUCUUAUGCAAAUCAAGCUGCUUAUGGUGCUGUUGGUGGUCGUGCUGGAAGUGUCCCCAGUAGUAAUGCUUCUGCCAGUGGGGGAGAGAUGCAAGGCAGUGGUGGGGCCUACAGGGGAGGUGGUGGCUAUGAUGAUGCCAAUGGGACUUCAGGGUAUGGAAAUCAAGGAUGGAAUGAUCCUUCUCAAACAUCUGGAAGUUAUGGAGCUCAGGCAAAUGGGCCUCAUGGCGGGCCAGUUGGAUAUGGUGGUCGGUAUGGCGGUACCCCAACUCGACAGGCUCAACAGCAGUGAUUUUGUUGACCUCAUUGUGUCUGGGGCUUGGGGUCCUUUUUUGCUCCAAGGACAUGCAGUCAAUGCUUUACCCGUUGCAGGUGGCGGCAGGGGUUGGCUUCUGUUGCAUGUCAUGCGAACAUUGGGACUGGUUGGAUUGCUUGACUCCCUGUAGUUUGCACUAUCUAUUUUGUUAGCAUAAAAUAAGUUUAUAUGAGGAGUAGUGUUGUCGCUUCUUAAGUAAUUGCCCUUGAGUGUAGUUUAAAUUCAGUGUGCUUAUCGGUGUGCUAUUAUCUAGUCUGGAGCUUUCGUUAUGGUAGUGUUUUAAAGCUAUAGUAGCUUGUAUUGAACUUUAUUAAUAUGGUUUGAUCAGUUUGAGUGCUUUCUUAA